AUGAAGGCUGUUGUGGCGACUGUUAUCAGUCUAGCUCUAACGACUGUGGUAAUAGGCAAUGCUUAUUACCAAAAGAAACAAUUUUAUCCAUCUGUAGUUUACCUGACUAAUUCAAAUCCUAGUAUGGCUGUAAUGUAUUUGCAAGCUUUUAUACUUGUAUUACUAGCUGGUAAAAUAUUGAGAAAAAUUUUCUUUGGCCAACUUCGUGCUGCGGAAUUUGAGCACUUAAUAGAAAGGUCUUGGUAUGCCAUAACAGAGACUUGUCUGGCAUUUACAGUAUUUCGAGAUGACUUCAACCCAAAAUUUAUAGCACUGUUUACUCUUCUAUUGUUUUUGAAGGCAUUCCAUUGGCUUGCAGAAGACAGGGUUGAUUUUAUGGAAAGGAGUCCUGUAAUUGGCUGGUUGUUUCAUAUAAGAAUUUUAAGUUUAUUAAUGUUGUUAGCACAAGCUGAUUUAUAUUUCAUUCAUCAUGCAUAUGCAUUCACUGCUACUAAAGGCCCUUCAGUCCAAUUGGUCUUUGGAUUUGAAUACAGCAUAUUAAUAAUAAUGAUUGUGAAUAUAUUGAUUAAGUAUGUUCUCCAUGCCAUUGAUUCACGAUGGGAAGCGCCGUGGGAGAGCAAAGCAGCGGUACUGCUGUACACUGAACUUGCCAUCAACUUUCUCAAAGUCCUUCUCUAUGUCGGCUUCGUAGCUGUCAUGGUUCGGAUUUACACUUUACCACUAUUCGCUUUCCGACCCAUGUAUGAAACUAUGAGGAGUUUCAAGAAGGCGUACAAUGACGUGGUGCUGUCCCGCCGCGCCAUACGCAACAUGAACACGCUGUACCCGGACGCGACGCCAGCGGAACUGGCCGCUGCUGACAACGAGUGUAUCAUCUGCCGCGAGGAGAUGCAUAGCGGUGCUAAGAAGCUGCCCUGCAAUCACAUAUUCCACGCAGCAUGCCUCCGCCUCUGGUUCCAAAGGCAGCAAACGUGCCCCACGUGCAGGCUGAACGUGCUGCGCGCGGCGCCCGAAGCCCCGCCGACGCCGGCGCCGCCGCCCGCGGCCCCCGCGCAGCCCCCGCCGCCGCCCGCGCAGCCCCGCACACUGGACGAGCUACGUACCAUGAUUAGAUUUGGCAUGCCGCCGCCGCCGCCUCCUCGGCCCGCGUCCCUGGCCACGCUCUCGGAGGACGAGCUGAGGCGUAUGGAGGGCACUGAACGGCGGAACAUUGAGGCUAGACUUCAGCUACUUCGUGAAAUCCAAGCAAUGUUGGACGCGUCAGUCCUCCUGAUGCAGCAAUAUUCAAACGUCGUGUCCAACUUGCCCUUAAACUGUGCCAAUGUUGCAACACAAACAGACAUUAACCGAACAGAGCCUUCACCAGAGCCGACGCCAGUAAAAGUGAAAACGGAACCUGAUGUAGUCCCCACUACAUCUACGUAUGAGCCAACUCCAGGCCCUUCAACGAGCACGGAUGAUUUAAACACAGCAUUUGAUGCAAACAUGGAUUCUAAUAGGGAGAGCGAUGCAGAUGCGGAAGAGCUUAGAAGGCGUCGGUUACAGAAAUUUAGUACAGAGAUA